AUGCUUCUCUUAUUGCUUGGGAUCAUAAUUCUGCAUGUGGCAGUGCUGGUACUGCUUUUUGUGUCUACGAUUGUCAGUAGCUGGCUGGUCGGCAACAACUAUUCGGCGGACUUGUGGCAGAACUGCACCGAGGGCGCCGCCAAUACAUGGAACUGCCUCAACGCCUCCAGCAGCGAAUGGCUCCAGUCCGUCCAGGCUAUGAUGAUAUUGUCGAUCAUCUUCAGCGUCCUGUCCUUGUUUCUCUUCUUCUGCCAGCUGUUCACGCUUACAAAGGGUGGACGCUUCUACCUAACUGGAAUCUUCCAGCUUCUUGCAGCGCUGUGCAUAGUAGCCGGAGCGUCCAUCUUCACCGUGCGGCACACACGGAUUGGCAUAAGGACCCGGCCAGCUUCGGAUUCGCCUACAUCCUGGCGUGGGUGGCCUUCCGUUGGCCGUCAUCAGCGGCAUCAUCUACGUCAUCCUGAGGAAACGCGAAUA